AGAGCUCUAGCUGUGGAGGAGGAGAACAAGACGCCUUCCUAGUUAUGUAUGUUAAGUUAGUGCUCUGGAUAUGAAACUUCAAACAACCUUCCUUUUUACUCCUAUUUUUCUGUUCCUAGGACAACAGAGUCUGAUAUAAUUCCCAUAUAAAAAUGAUGCAGAAUAUUUCAGAACUGUCUGGAUUUAUUCUUGUUGGGUUAACAGAUGCACCGUUUCUGCAAGUUCCUUUAUUUAUCAUCUUUACUCUCAUUUAUAUGACCACAUUGGUUGGGAAUCUUGGGAUGAUUUUGCUGAUUCUCUCGGACUCCAGACUCCACACUCCCAUGUACUAUUUCCUCAGUAACCUCUCUCUGGUGGACUGUGUUUAUGCCUCAGCUGUAACUCCCAAGGUAAUAGAAGGGUUUCUCACAGAAAAUAAGAUCAUAUCUUACAAUGCAUGUGCUGCCCAGAUGUUCUUCUUUGUAGCCUUUGCUAUUAUUGAGAGUUUUAUUCUGACCUCAAUGGCCUAUGACCGCCAUGUAGCAGUGUGUAAACCCUUGCAUUACUCCACUACUAUGACAACUACAAUAUGUGCCCUGCUUCUUGCUGGAUCUUAUGUCAAUGGACUCUUACAAUCUUCUAUCCAUGUUUCCUUCACAUUCCAUCUCUCCUUCUGUCAUUCUAAUGUAGUCAAUCACUUUUUCUGUGAUAUCCCCCCACUAUUAGCUCUUUCUUGCUCCAGUAUUUACACAAAUGAAAUUAUACUCUUCAUGUUGGCAUCAUUCAAUGUUGCUUUUACUCUAUUAGUCAUAUUGACCUCUUACUUACUUAUCUUUGUUGCAAUUCUGAGAAUGCGCUCUACUGAGAGUAGGAAGAAGUCCAUUUCCACCUGUGCAUCUCACCUUACCACUGUUUCCAUCUUCUAUGGCACAAUUAUCUUCAUGUACUUACAGCCCAGCUCCAAUCACUCCAUGGACACUGACAAGAUGGCAUCUGUGUUCUACACCAUGGUCAUUCCCAUGCUGAACCCUCUUGUAUAUAGCCUGAGAAAUAAAGAAGUCAAGAAUGCAUUCAAGAAGGUUGCUGGAAAAGCAUUGUUGGGAUUAUUCAAUUAA